UGCGUGCCAAGAUUUGGAUCCACUAUGGGAAGGUGCUUUUAGCAAAAGAAAAGGUGUGUGUUUGAUUUUCUUUUCAGUUCUAGAAAAUGAAAAUUGGGUCUCUUUUCUUGGUAAAAUUUGGCUCUGUCGAUUGUUUGGUGUUUCGGUGCAGAGACAAAGUGAGACUGUUAAUAUCGUUGGAGAAGUAGCUUCGAACCUGGAAGAGAGGACAAUAUUUCUCCUUAGUGGAACCCCUCUCUCAAUUUCUGAAACUUCUGGCUUGCUCUUGGUUGUUGGUACUAUGGAUUCAUUAAGAAAAGUCAAGUCCCGGUACCCAAUUCAAGAUCCGCUCUUUCCAAGAAAGCAUAGUCGAGAAAAUUGCAAUCUGCAAGAAGGGAUGGAGGGAAAUCCUUUUGCUAAAACCAUGAAGAAUGUUUCAAGAGGCAUGGCUGUUCUUACAGUUCCGUUUACCAUGGGCUUUCCAAAGGUACUUUGGCUGAUUUUUAGUUUCUUUCACGAUGUAUUCUGUACGAGCAUCUUUCCUGUCCUUUUUAGAAUAUAUGUGAAUAAAGCCGUGCAAUGUCAAGCUGAUGGCUUUGAACUUAAUGGCACCUCUUGUUCCUUGAAACCAGAGUGGAGCAUGAGUUCCAAGGUUCAAUUCCCAAGAGCUGCGUGCAUUGUCAAUUUAUGUUCUCAAAUUGCACUGCCCGUUGAAUUCAAUGAAUUGGCUAUGUGGCUGUUCAUAUCUAGAUAAGUAUAUGAAAUGUUCCAGUUGUUAUAAAUAUUGUUUGUGGUUAAUCUCUGUUGGAAGUUAUGUUAAUCAAAUGUGUUGAAUGCCAAAAUAUUCCCCAAGGCAGUUUCAACUUUCAAUUGCAUGGCACUUAGUUCCAUAAGGAGGGAUAGUCACAUAAUGGUCUGAUACAACUCUUAAGUUAUGUUGCAUGUAUUUUUAAAGGUUGUAGUGGUGUCCAUUCUGGUAGCUGUUCUAUAAUAUUUCUCUUAUAACUAAACAGAGCUACCUUUAUAGACAUAACAAAGGUGAUUGGAGGUUUUA